CCUCCUCGUAAAUCACAUUUACUCCACGGACGGGAAGUCCAAGUUCAUCUUCUACCUCACUCGCAGAAUGUGCAAGUUUACCUACACAUUUUACGAAUGUGGUCAUCGUACUGAGGACAACGUUCGAGGUUGUAGCCAUUACAAGACAGAUGGCGUGCACUGCGAUGUUGACAACCCAACGAUCAAACGCUCACGGUGCGAAGUAGAUGUGAAGAAGCGGAACGGCUUUUGCCCACGGUGCAUGCAACACCAAAGGUUGCAUGCGGACGAAGCAGCAUUGCAAAGAGACAUAGAGAAAGCGAAACGCUUGGAUGCUGAAGAGCAGGAGAGGAACCGGAAGGCACACGAAGCCCACCUUCGCAAAGUUCAGAAGGAGUCAUAUCGAGACUUCCAGUCACAGGAAGAUGAAACAUUGGCUAGAGUACUCAAGGAAAGUCGGGAACGAGCUGAACGACACAACUCACAGCUGGGUGAAGACGUACUCGAAAAGUCGAGCGAACAACACAAGGAGCAAAUGGAAGAGAAGUCCGGACCACCAGCUGAAGAUGGAAGCACGCACCCGGAGGCUGUCAAACACAAGUCAUCUGUAGAUCUUCGUCAUGGAGAUUUGGACAAAGAUGCAAACAGCUCCAACAGAGAUACAGUGACCGAACUCGGAAUCAAGAUGGGUUCGAUCGAUACGAGCGGCAGCCAACCACCUCCACCCCCUCCUCCGCCUCCACUGACAAGGCAUGCUACUAUGCCCAGAUUCCCGCCCCCAGAUUAUUCUCAGCCUCCCAAAGACCAAAAUUAUGGUCGGUUCAAAAUCGGUACGCGGCACCAACCCAUACACCCCAGCCAGGAUCUCGACGAACCACCUGCUGCGCCAUCGAACAAUCCUCCUGGCCGAAAAGAUCCUAUGCCUUCAGCUCGACUUGCUGGCAUAGUAGCUCCUGAAGUACCAGCACCCGUAGCUUUUGCAGUUCCCAGUGGCGACCAGCGGAGCCGCCUUCGCCCUACAGGUCUGAACCGCCGCUCUACGUUGGAGAGUCGAGCAUCGCAAGAGGAGUCACCAAAUGAAUUGGAGGCGCAAUGGAGUAAAAGGGGGAUUCAACGUGAGGCUGAUGAGGAAGAGGGCUCCGAUUCUACUUCUUCGAUUAGGCCUUCCCAGUCGGCAUCGCAGGUAGAGGCCCGCCCAACUAAACCAAGAGUUGAUAGCUUUGGAGAAGAGGAAGAUAGUGGGCUGUCAAGCAUGAUGAGGAAGCAUCUAUCUAACUUGGAUCAAAAACGGCGGAAAGGGUGGAAUGGUGAAUGAGAGUUAGCCUGCAAUCACAUCAAGGGUGAUGCUCAACAGCAAUUUGGUGGAUCGAGCGCUUAGAUUGUUGGGCAAGUUGUGUAUAGUGCGCGGGAAUGAAGCAGAAUAUAUAUUUCUUGAUAGUUGUUUCCAAAUUGUAUUUGAUUCAUGCCCCCCUUUCUGUAGUUCAAAAUGAUAAACAGUUGAUGCUGGUGUACAACCAACGCAGCCCUUCCCUGCAACGGGCGGACUGCGGUUUUAUAACAUUUCGGACAAGCAAUAGACCCUCAUGCAUCUUGAUCGAAUGUAGGAUCGGCUCAUUGCUUGUACUGAACUUCCACGUU